AUGCCCGAUAAGUUGCCUUUCUUAUGGAAACUACGUCCGGGACUUCUGCCAAAACCUCCCCCCGUCAGCGUGCACCCUGCGCCUAGACGACUUCAGCGACCGCCUCCCCCCUUCAGCGCACACCCUGCGCCUCCCCAAAGCCGCCGCGAGGCGUGGACGAGCGCCGAGAUCCUCCCUCACGUAGACAAGAGCGAGCGGCGCGUAUGCUACCCACGCCUCGAGCCCUGGUCCUCCAACUGGGACGGGCAGCGCAGGGCUCACGGCAAGGCAUCUCCUUCGCUAAAAGCACUGGCGACACUAGAACAAGAUCCCAGGUCCCAAGCCAUCGAGGCCGCCCUGGGGACUAAUACGCACUACAGCGACUGGGAUAUCUCCAUCGAGGGUUCGAUGAGGCGUCUCGCCGGCCCCGCAACGGCUUCGGUCCCGACCGUCAUGCUUGUCAAGUAUGACGGCAGUGACAGUGAUGAGUACGACCCGGCUUACCUGGAGGGGCCGUGGCCCGACUGCUGUGAGAGCGUGGUGGAGCUUGCGAGGGACGCUGGCGCGGCUUACUUUGCGGUUGAGGUCGUGCAUUACGGGAAGCUGCGGCACGGGCGACAGCGUCGUGGGGGGCAAGGCGUGAUGGGGCUCCUUGAGGAUUGGGAUCCAUGA